CUCAUUUGUAUUAAUCUUGUUCGCACUAACGCGAAGCGCUGGGCCCACUCUUGAAUUCACUAUGUCUGUCGAUACUCAAGCCUCAUCUACCCCUCUCAAUGAAACUCCAUCCUCCACCCAAAUCCCUACCCGCAAAACCCCCCUCCUCCCCGAACCAAGUCCCUCUCCGAUAUUCACCCCAGUAGUCCUCCCUUCGGGCCCCACGCUGCCUAACCGUCUCAUCAAAGUUGCGAUGUACGAGCAUCUCACUAACCUCCUUGGUGGUCCACCCAACCUUGCGCACUAUCAACUUUACGCUCUUUGGGCACGCGGCGGCUGGGGUAUGAUCAUUACGGGGAACGUCCAAGUCGACAGUAAACACCUGACUCUCGGACGCGAUAUGAUCAUUCCUACUCCGCAACCACCAAAAGUCGAAGAGACGGACGGGAAGGGGAAGAAGAAGGAGGUAGUGUAUGAUACUGACGUCGUGAUCGACGAGUACGAGGAGGCGGUAAAGCAUUUCCAGAGGUUGGCGGCUACUAUGAAAGACGAUUUUGCGGGGAAGAAGAUGAACGUGGACGCACAACUCGCUACCGACAUCAACACGGGCGCUCUCAAAGGUACCACCGUCGAAGAGAUGGAGCGAAAGCGGUCGAAGGUAAUCAUGCAGCUCAACCAUUCCGGCCGACAGUCGCCGUUCUUGAUUGGUGGGAGGAUAUCGUUCGGGAAGCCUAUUGGAGCGAGUGCGAUCGGUGUUGGGAGAGGGAAGGGAGCGAGGAAGCAGGGAUGGUUGGCAGGAAUUGUGAAUAGGAUCAUGUUCCAGACGCCGAAGGAGAUGACAAUGAUGGAUGUGGAAAUGGUGGUGGAACAGUUUGUCAGAGGGGCAAAGGUGGCGAUAGAGACUGGGUUCGAUGGCGUCCAGUUGCAUGCUUCACACGGAUACUUGCUUGCUCAGUUCAUGUCGCCGAAGAGCAACACCCGAACAGACGACUAUUCUGCCAUGCCAGGAAACUCUCUCCGUCUCCUCCACCGUAUCGUUACUUCCAUAAGGGCAAUCGCCCCACCCCACUUUAUUCUUGGAGUCAAGAUCAGUUCCGCAGACUAUGUUGAAGCUGGCUCUGGUCUCGCAUCUGACGAAAAGGACGAUAUUUUGAGCAUGGAGGAGGAGCGAGCUGUAGGGCAUGUGAAGGAGAUUGUCCGUUGGAAGAUGGUUGACUUCAUUGAGAUUAGUGGCGGUGACUACGAGGCACCAGACUUUAUGCUUACAUCCUGCCAAGCCUUCUUCUCCCGCUUUUCCCGCCUCGCACGCUCAGCAGUCCAAUUCCUUCCUACCCCCCGCCCCCUCAUUGUCAUCACAGGAGGUCUCCGAUCCCUCGAAGCCCUCAACGACGUCCUAGACUCCCAAUAUGCCGACCUUGCCGGUAUAGGCCGCGGUUCCGUCCUCACUCCUGACCUGCCCAAUCGCCUCUCCGAACACCUCACCUUCAACCGUCUCAUCGCCUCGUCACCCUCCCUCGUCGAUAAAGAACUUUCCUCUAUCUUCCCUGUCCAACCUGUCUUCACCCCCUCCACACCUCCCAAUGCGAACCCCAUCCUUCUCUUCAUCACAAAACUGCUCACCUAUCUCGGUAUUCUGCCAUUCCCGCAGUUGAUCGGUGCAGGAAUGGGCAUGGCUUGGUACACGGUUCAGAUGUCGAGACUGACGAGGCAGAAGGGCAUUGAUUAUAAGCUGGGCGCGUGGGGUGCUGUGGCGGAAAUGUGGGGGCUUAGUGUUGGGCUUGAAGAUGGGUGGAUGUUGGGGCUGGGUGUUGGCUUGUUGAUUGGGGUAGUGGGCGUUGUACUUUUGGAUUGGUAUUUCUGGGGACCCAGGAAGGUGGCGUACUUGGCGGCCAAGGCGGCGGCGAAUGCGACGCUAGGAUAUCGAUGAACGGUGCGGGAUGCGUUUUGUUUUUUGGCGGAGCAUGGACAGUGACUAUUUGAGUGAGCGUAUGCUCUAUCUGGCUACAGCUGACUCCAUUGGUAUAGUGCUAUUCGGCGCGGACAAUUCUGAGGACUAUAGAUUAUUUUCUUCCCAUAUUUUUGAUGCACAUGCAUAGAGACCAACUUCAUAUAUACGAGUUCGUGCAGGAUUACUUACCUUCAACUAGACUCAAACACGUACGCUUCGUAACCGGUGCUACAUACACGCCUGCUUGCCACCCUCGCCACACUUAUCCUCGGAA